AUGGCCCACGACAAGCUCGUCAAGACUAGCGUUGAAUCCGAAACUGAUCCGUCUUCGGACACCAAGCCCAGCAACGAUGGCUUGAGCACCUCCAAACUCGAGCCAGCGUCAUCUCAAUACCAGGACAGCAUCGACAGACUCCACGCUGCCUACAACGUCGUGUCGCACAUGACCACGGACGACUUGAUGAUCCAGAAGAACUUGGAUCAGGAAAGACAGCUCUUCUCCAACAACUCCAACCACUUCUUGAACCGCAAGGACAUCGUCAAGCACCUCCCCGAAGAGGUGGACCUCUUCAACCCUGAGGAGCUCAAGCGCAUCGAAGAAAUCUACGAGAAGUUGACCCUCCUCGACACCGACAAGUCGGUGCAGUACAAGUACUACAAGAGAUACUUGAAGAAAUACAGCGAUCCGGUGUUGAUCAUGAUCCAGGAGUUCAACGGCAUCAACAAGAAGUUCAAGCUGUUGAGAAGAAAGGAGUCUGAGAGCUUGAGCUUGAACCCUGGUGCCUACUACUACAACGAGAAUCUACUUGGGGCCCCCUACAAUGUGAUUGGAUUCGACACCACCAUUAGCGGAUUGCCUUUGAGAAGUGGCAAGCACAAGGUCAGCGAGAAAUUCUAUCCCCAGGAGUUUGUGGAAGACUUGCAAAUGUAUCGGACCAAAAUUCCCAUUUACAAGAGAGAUUUGGACUUCAUCGAACAAGAAGAGUCGUUCAGAAACAUCAACCCCAAAAAGGUGCUGCUGCUCAAGCAAGAUAACGCACAGGCCGACUUGUCGACUCCAGAGCAGUUGAACCACUUUUUCAGCAAGAUCUACAAUCAACUAGAAAUCCCGUUGAAUGCCAUCAAUAUCAACUCAGUUGAGAACUAUAACUGUCUCAAUUUGAACAAUGAAACAGUCAUACGGGUGGAGAACGAAAUUUUGUUGAUGAAGAAGUCUUUGCAGCAUGAAAUCGAAACCGUGAUGAUGAAAUCGUCCUUGAAUUCGAGAGUAAUGAUCCACAAUAACCCCAACCACUUGAAACACAACCAAUAUAGAUUAUACGAGACCAAAUCCUCAGACUUUAUCGACUCAUCCGCAUUGGUGGUGAUCAACCACCACAUCAAGGAAUUCAACUUGAUUCCCAAUUAUGCAUUGAUUCUCAACACCUUGAAACAACACAAGAACUUGAGAAACCAUCUAUACAAGGUGUUCCUUAUCAACUUGGAGGAUCAGAUCGAUAUACUCUUCAGAAUCAAAUAUAUCAACGAGAAGGAAAUGAACCGUUUCAUGAAAAGAAUGAUCAAGAACAUAGGCCACACCAUCAAAUUCAAGUUGGAGAAGUUAUUCAAGCCAUUGUGGAAAACUGAUACCACCAAGACCACUGCUAACUAUGAUGCGUUGAUCUUCAGUCCCUAUCUCAACCACACCAAUUGCUUCAAGAGAAUUUACUGGUUAAAUAAUAGAGUGAGGAAUUUUGAUGAUGGAGUCAAGAACACUCGGGUGUUGAGGCGGUCGGGGUUGCAGAUCAACUGGAAGAGCUUGGACAAUUUAGUUGAAUACUAG